UCAAAUGCACCAUACUUAACCACAAGAAACUUCAAAAAGUUUUUAUUAUUAUUUUAUUUACUUACAAAACAACUUUCUUCAUGUCGCAGCUGUAUUCUAAUUAAAGAAGAGGCAAAAACUAAUUGAAACAUGUCCACAAAUCUCGACUUUCACAACAAAAUAGCGAAACUUUGCAUUGAGCGUUUUGAGUCAUUACCAAAGACAGGAAAGCCCAAAGAAAAUGAAUGGACAGUCUUAUCUUGCAUUGUUUUAGAAGACUCGGAGAAAUUGGAAGUAAUUGCAUUAAGUACGGGAACAAAAUGUAUAGGACAUGACAAGAUGUCUAAAGAUGGGGACAUCCUAAAUGACUCCCAUGCUGAAGUUAUAUGUCGUCGGGCUUUUCUCCGAUUUAUUUAUGACAGUAUAUUGUCUCAACAUGAUACGUUUUUGUAUGACCCAGAAAAACAAAUAUUUACUGUAAAACCCAAUGUAAAAUUCCAUUUUUUCUCAACACAAGUUCCAUGUGGAGAUGCGACAAUUUUUGCAAAACAAAACUUGGAAGAUUUCGGUGAUUUAAUUGAAGUUUCCGCUGCAACAUGUGAUUGUGUAGAAACAAAGAGAAUUAAACUAACAAACGACAUUUUUAGAACUGGGGCAAAAUGCUUAAAUACAGAUGAGAAACAAGACCUGAAAUUACAAGGAUUUGAUUAUCACGUGACGGGAGUUGUUCGUACUAAACCAGGGAGAGGCACUCCAACACUGUCUGUUUCUUGUAGUGAUAAACUGGCAAAGUGGUGCCACUUGGGGCUACAGGGGGCCUUAUUAAGCCUUCUCUUAAAGAAACCUAUUUACUUGAGUAGUUUUACUAUUGCUGGGAGCACUCCUUUUAAUGAUGAGGCAAUGAAAAGAGCGCUAUUUGACCGGUUAGGCAACCCUGUUUUGCAAGAGCCUUAUCACAGAAACGAUGUAACUUUAGGACAGGCCACUUUAAAAUUUUUGUAUGAAAAAUCUGAUAACAAAAACCCUUGUCCUUCCAGUAUUAUCUGGUAUAAAGGAUCCACGCAAUGUGAGGUUGCUAUAGACGGCAGAAGACAAGGAGUGACAAAGAAACAACUCAAAACAGUCGGCGCUCUAAGAAUUUGUAAGUUAAAAUUGUAUGAAUCCUUUGUAAAAAUACUUAACCAGUUUAAAAUCAAAUUAAAAAAUAUUGAUUCAACCGUUUUAACGUACCAAGAGGCUAAAUUAUGUGCAAAUGAUUAUUACAAAACUUGGAUUAUUCUUAAAAAGUCGUUCAAAGUUUGGACUACAAAAGAUGAGAAUUUGUUACAAUUUCGUGUUAAAUUGUGAUUCCGAAUGUUAAUAAAAAAUAAAAAUGU